UUCUAUGCCAAUGGUGAAUGGGCUUGCGUUUGUUGCGCGCCGAGUGUCCUUGCAGCACGCUUUGCAGUGGCGUUCUUUGCCACGCGGGACAAGCUGCGAGCGCAGUUGUAGAGAGUGGUUGCAAAUAAUUCUUCUCUGCUGGUAAUCUCCGCUCCGUGUUUUUCGUCGUGAUCUGGUGACUCCGGAGUACUGCAGUAGGCCACAUUGGCUGGUGGCCUCACUCCGUGAUUCGUCAUGGUGGACAUCGUGGAAACCGACGCGGCUGGUCAGGCGCUAGCGCAGACGGCACGCAUCGACGACUACCUCACACUAUUCUGUGACGAUGGGCCGGGAUUUGUGUUUGCGCAAGUCACCAGUAAAGCUCAUGCCAAAUUGUCGGUGGCCCGGCAAGGUGACAAGGAUGUUCAGAAUGCUAACCUACCCGACAUCCAUGCUGCUACUUUUCAGGUCAUGGGACCAACCAAGUACAAGGCUAUCAAGAGUCUUCGCAAGGUCCAAAAGAAGCUGAGUAAGAAGCCUGCAGAUGAGUACACACCAGAGGAACACAAGGCAUUGGCAAAGGAAGUGCAACGCUUGCGCAUAGAGACAGAAGAGAACAAACAGGAGAGGGCGCGACAGAGUGGAAAAGCGAUCGUCUAUGGACAAAUCAUUCAGAUGCAACACACACUGUCAAAGUGCUUUCUGGCAGUGAGCACCACGCAAACAUCUACGCUAGAGCCGUCCAACAUGCAGCUCGACCUUGCCGAAGACGUCAGUCGCAAGAGCCAGUUUCGAGUAUUGCCGCGCUACAAGGUGCGAUCUGUCGGCGAUCAAGUUCGCGUCGGUGAUCAGAUCCAGCUGGAAAGUGUGAAAACCGAAGGCCAGUUCCUUCACUGCAGCCGAAGCAGCUUUGGUGCGCAGUACGUGGAGAGUAACAGCCGUGAACUGAACUUGUCAGCCACGCAGUCGGCACUAACCAUCCACAUGCAAUUCUCACCGUUUGGAAAGGUCAAUGUUGAGCGUAUGCUGCGGGGAGGUUCAGUGAUCCGUCUGUUCCACCGUGAACUGGAAGCCUACCUGACUGCGGAAGGAUCUUUUUACUUGGACGAGCCAACGCAAGAUGUUCACCUGCGUGUUCGGCCACAAGUUCAAGAGCGACCUCGCUCUCUGGAACCACCAUCUUCUGGCAUAACUUACUGGCAGGUGGAACUGGAUGAGAACCCAACCAGUGGUUCUCUGAUCCAGUGGGGACAGCGUGUUCGCUUGAAGCACAUGGCAACGCGCAAGUACCUCGGCCUUGUAACCCUGGAAAGCGAACCAGGCACAAAAGAGCGUUAUCAGCUAACUCUCUCCGACUGCGAGACCAAAACUGAACGUCUUCAAUCGGCGUUUCGCCUGCAUCCCGUCAUUCAGGAGGCUGGUGCAGUCAAGCUCGAGUCUUACUGUCGCAUUGAUCAUCCACGCAGCAAACAAUGGCUGCAUGCAUUGCCUGACAGUGCACCGGACAGUGAGGUGCGGCGCACGGAAAGCAAAGCUAGCUCUCAAACUGACAGCAUGUCCUUGACAGGCCUACAGUGGGACAAGGCGAAGCUGAGAAAGAUCCAUGUGUCAGAGGAGAUGAACUACAACGAUGCAUUCACUUUGCAGGAGGUAACGCCAGAUUUUGCUGACAAGUUCAACUUUGUCGCUGGCAUGGUUCCCAUCAUCAGAGAUUUCCGAGACAAGCUGAGGAAAGGAGUGCAACUGAAUGCCAAAGUUUCAGAUCGCUUCAAGAAGUUGUUGGAGCAGCUCUCCAACUUUCAGGUCGUGAAUGGUGAGCCGGUGAAAGACCAUCAGAAAUUGCUGCGCAACCUCCAGGUCAUUGAUAUUCUGGUGGAAAUCCUCAAGCUGCAUGGAAUGUCCUUCAUCGUCCAGGCUGGUGGCAAAGAUCACUUGGGUGACGUGUGUGCAGAGAUCUACAACUGUCUGGAGACCUAUUUGCUCGGAAAUAGCAGAAAGAAUGAGUUGUAUGCUGCCGGCUAUAUCCCAUUUUUCCAAAGCCAGAUUGGAAAAGGUUUGAAUGCAGAGAGAAUGGCUAUGGAGCUGGCUCGUGACAACCGUGACAUCAUUGAUCGGCUACCUCACAGUCAGAUUGACUCAUUUGUAAAAUUGCUCAUGGAGAGGAAGGAUGGGCGGUACCUGGACUUUCUCGGUGUUCUUUGCGUAUGUGACGGCAUCGCUAUUCCAGAAAACCAGGUGUACAUUUGCCAAAAGCUUCUGGAGGAGCACAAGGACUCAAAAAUCGUGUACUUGACUGAGCCCACAAAGGACAAGAAGAGAAUGGAGGUCUCAGUGGACGGUGGUGCAUCAUGGAAGCCGCUGGCAAAGUUUGCCUCCAAGGGUGGAGAUGACGAAAGGAAUCCGUACAUUUACCUAGAGCACCAACUGGACCUAUUUGGAAAGAUGUGUUAUGGUCGCAACGAGUAUGUGAUCGAUGUCAUUACAAAUAAACUGCGCUAUCUCACCUGGGCGGAAGUUUUCAUUUGCCUGAAGGACGAAGACCUUCCUGACCACCUGCGAGCCAAAUACUGCGAACUCAUUGUUGGAAUGUUCGUAGACGUCUCUCCAAACUACUCUGCUCUGGAGACUCUGGAGCUGUCGUUUAUCUUUAACGAGGUCCGUGAAGAGCCUGCCGGUGACAGCAUUCAGGUUGCUGACCAAAGCAUCACUGGUGCCACUUUGCCAUUCUUCCCUGAGCUGCGCAAGUGGAUUGCCAGCUUCAUGGCGAAGAACACAGACAUGACAGCAUCAAACAUUGGCGAAAAUGAGCUGCUUGGUGAAGUGUUCCGCUUGCUCUACUAUCUUGUUAGCUUCGGCUAUUACUCGGCAGCCACCGAUAUCGAGGAGUUGCUGAAGCCUCUGCUUGGUGUGCUGGAUGGCCGUAAUGACAAGCCAUUUGACAAAGCUCGAGGCGAUCCUCUAAAGGACUUCCGACAGCGCGGCCGCUAUGAGCAAAGCCCCCAGAACAAAGCCAUAAUUGAUGCCAAAUUCCGUGCGAUGGAAGUGCUGGAUGUCUUUUUCAAUUUUGGCUUCAACGUCCGUCUGGAGUCGCUGAUCUACGAAUUCAAGGCCACCGUCGAAGGAAUGAACCGUGAUGGGCCCUCCGGCCCAACGUCAUCAUUCCACCACCUGCAGAGUAAAAUCAAAGGCGGAUUAACCAGUGUCAGGAUGGGCGGCAACGUUGGAAUUGACCCGGACUUUUCUGGUGUGCGCAAACAGAGAUACAAUGUGGCUGGAGUGGGCGACAGCAGCGAUGGAAUCGUUCAAAUCCUCAUGGGCAGAGCUUCUGAUGAAACCAUCUUCUCUAGCGAUGCUUUGGACUAUGCCCGCUAUCGGCUGCAAGAGCAUGUCUUCAAGAAAGUGAGGCUGUUCCGAGGCACGAACCUGGAGAAGAUUCUUCUUGAUCUUGGUGAAUACCAGUAUGACAAAAUGGUGGUGAAGUCAGUGUACCUACUCGACCGCUACUACAGUACCCAUGCAACCCUGUUCGAGAAGGCAGUCCAGGGUCAGGUGCUGAUUACUGACUCCUCUGUAGAAACCUUCAAGAGAGUGAGGAAACUUGUUCCUGAGCUACGGCGCUUGACAACUGCCAAGCUGACCCCAGACAUGGAGGCACGCAUGAGCGAGAUUAUCACGGUCUUGUCUAAUUAUUGCAGUCUGUCACGGCGCGUCAGUGGAGAGCAGACUGAGGAGCCACAUCCCAUGAACCAGAAGAUUCUGCUGAAUUUUGGUAUUGUGGAUGACAUCUUCAAUGUUUUGGACAAGCGUAUCGACGUGAAGUUAAUUGAUACUCAGUACGCUGGUCUCAGAGCUAUCUUUCAGAAGUGUUUCUGCUUCUUACAAGUCAUGGCGAGAGCUAAUGCUCCAGUUCAAGAAAGGAUCUUUGAGAGAAUGGACAAGCUGUUGGAGGUGCCUGGCUGUCCGCAGGAGCUUGGUAUCUGCAUGGCGGAAGUGUUCACUGGAAACCAGUCGCUUUGCUUGGCAAUCAAACCUGCUCAAGUCAAGCAUAUAGUGGAGCUAGUUGCUACGCAUCGCGAGGAGGGCAGUGAGCUGCUCGAAGCACUCAAUGCGAUUGUCAAGGUCGAGGAGCUUGACUUGCCUCUGAAGCGCAACCAAGCGGCGGUCGUUACGUACAUCAACCAGAACCGCUCCCGUGUUGCUUGGAUAUUGGAACCCGGCAAGAAGAGGGACAGAAUGGAUCUUCUACAUGACGGGCAGGAGAGCAAUGCAAUGCUGGUCUACCUGGUCAAACUUGUCGAUGUGCUUGCCACUUGUGCUGAGGGUGAGAAUCGCUUUAUUGAGUCGAUGUGCCAGAACAUCUUCAGCCUUGAGGAGAUCAUCGAGGUUAUCAAUGACGAGAUGAUUCCGAUUUGGUGCAAGCGACCGUACCUGCGAUUCUUUGUCUGGUGCUAUCUGAACACGGCCGGUGGACCAAUUGAGAGUGGCUGCGGUGAUUUGGACCAUGACGACGAGAUGUGGCGUUUCAUGGCCUCGUCCCGAGACACCCUCAAGUCAUUGUGCCACGGAUUCAACAGCUUCAACCGUAGCCGUGCUGCAGAUCUGCGACAGACCAUGCAAAGGCGGCGUGGAACCACCAGUGCAAAGUCACGAGUUGCGGCGGAAAAGUCUAAAGAGGUCACUCUAAGCACUCCUGGAGUUUUGAAGUAUGUGUUUGAAGGACUUCUACCAUUCCUACAGGUGUUCUACUCAUCAUUCUUCAAGCCAGACAGCAGGCUGUCCAAAUAUGACAACGAGAUUCAAACGUCACAGCUGAUAGCCGUCCCACUGCUGACGCUGUAUGAUUCGAUAACAACGGUCAUCUCCAACGUCAACCAGUACACACUGCUGAAGAGCACCAUUGCAACCAUCAUCUCCUUCACCGAGAUCACUGUGCCGGAACAGCUUGUGACCAAGUUCGAGAGAGAUGCUUUCCAAGUCAGUCCAGACCUGCGCUCUGAUGCACAGAAGGAGUAUACAGAAGAUUUCUUCGAAGAGGAAGAUCUGAACAGCCGGCUCAACCUGUUUGUGGGAAACUUUGAAACAGCGUAUGAAGGCAGGAACACACUCAGGGAGCAGAUCAAUGAGCCAUAUGAUAUGGCUUAUUCUGAAGAUGGUGGAGACGAAGAUCUGCCCCGAGGCCGGGAAUUUCAGCGCUUCCUUCUUCUGUUCCAAGAUGGUGAUGGAGUGUCUGAGCAACACGUGUCCAAGCUCAUUGGCCACAUCUACAUCUCGUUUCACAGUCCCGAGUAUCGAUCCGUGUCCUCGGUGGAACGCAUUGCUCUUGACAAUGUCAACGUCAAGUGCCUGCAGCUUUUACGUGCCCUGAUCCACAACAAAGUGGUCACUCGCGCGGCCCUGGAGCUAACUGGUGGCACCACCGCUGCAAUUCAAAGAUAUGAUACCAUGAUUGAUGAAGUUCAGCGACAAAUCAAUGGCCACGGCACAACAGAGAAGGUGGUUCCGAUGCUCUCUCACCCGUGCGAUGAAGUGGUGCGCGAGACCCUGGCAUUGCUGGGACUACUGGUCUUCAACGCACAGAAAGAUGUGCAGAUGUCAUUCGUGGACUACUGCCUUGGCACACGAGAGGAGCAGUUCUUCCGUGACCUCGAGCUGCGCUUGGCCCGCUCUACCGUGGCCCUGCGAGAAAGGCGAGCACUUCAGUCUCAGUUCCAAGCCAAGCUGGAAAAGGACAAAGAACUGGCCAAGUCUGUGCGGGCACGGACAACUACUGCAAAGGGAGAAGGCCAGACUAUGCUACGGGCCGGUGGCGCUAGGAAUGAGUUUGAAAUGCAGGAGAUCAUGCGGCAGGAGGAAGGGACGGAAAGGGACACUAGCGCGGAGGACGGUAUCAGCGUAACGAAGGACGAUGGCUACAUCGAGUUGGUCUUGCGGAUUAUUGGAGGUCUGUGCAACGGGCAGCAACAUACCAUACAGAACUACUUGCGUGAGCAGCCGGACAACAUCAAGUCAAUCAAUCUGGUUGCAGCGACUGUCGACUAUCUGCAGCUAUUCAAGGAUGAUGUCAAUGUGGAUAACGUGGAGCUGGUUGUUCAGCUGCUGCAAACCCUGGUGGAGUUCACCGGCGGUAACACGGACAACCAGGCAUGUGUGUUUGAUGCACAAGUGAUCGAGGCACUCAACUCAAUCAUGCGCACUGACUGGAAGAACGUUGAAAUGUUGGUGGCUGUGAUGGGCCCGGUUACAGAUCUCCUACGCAACAUGGUGGAGCUGAGUGUACCGGCUACCAAAGCUUUGGCUCAGCUUGUUGGUGAUACAAUCCACUAUGAGAGUCUGUAUGUGUGCCUGGAGGAGGUUCACAAGCACCGGCAUGAUCCGGAUCCCAUGGUCAAUGUUGUUGGUUAUCGCAUUGUGCACUUCCUCAUGCGUCUCAAUGACUUCCAGCCCAAGACUAGGAAGUGGACUGGCAUGCCUGAUUUCCGCAGCAUUCAAAACAAGCACAGUGAAGACUGGGAAGCUGCAUGGAAGUACUACUGCAAGGCUACUCUCAGUGUGGAAGUACUCCAUGCUGAUGCACUACAGAGGGUCUACUUUGCCGCUGAAUUCCAGGAUGACCUGCGCGAGGAAGUCAAGGAGCAGCUGAAGUGGAACAUCCAGCGGGACUCAGCCGCCAACAAGCUGCGUGACUUCUUGAAGUGGUCCGAGGAUAUCCGUGAAGACAUGGAAUAUCAAGGGCAGCUAACACGCAACAAAAUUGCUAGCUUCUUUGUCAAGAACAGUCGCUGGUGGGCGAUCGGCAUGCUGCUGCUGACGUUCAUACUCAACAUCUUCAUGCUGGCCACUUGGGACGCUCCUGUCCACCUCUGGGAGGAGCUUCCUGAAACCCCAUCCUACUAUAAUCUGGUCAUCUACGUCCUUGGCUCGAUACACCUGUUCUUUGCGGUGUGCGUAGCCAUCACCUUCUUCAUUGCCAACCUGAAGAACUUCACCGUGCCCGGAGUGAUAAACCAUAUUGUGUACAAGUUCACUAACUACAGCUUCAACGGCAGUGGGGAUAUUGAAAAGCACAAUCAACUGAAUAUCGUUGGCUUGGCUUCAAUUUAUCACCUGUGCUUGGUGGGGUUCUCUGCCGCAUCCAUACCGUUCAAAGGCUACUUCUUCUGCUUCCAUCUCCUUCACAUUGUUGUGAACAAUGACACACUGACUCGUGUGCUGCAAUCUGUUAUCAGACCAGGUCGUCAACUGAUCUACGUCACCAUCCUGGCACUCUUCAUCAUCUACAUCUACGCCGUGGCGUCCUUUGCCGCGCUGCGAAUCUUCUUUGACCGCGACGAGGGCCUGUUUUGCGAGACGCUUGGUGAAUGCUAUGCCACGAGUAUUCGCUUUGGACUACUGGCAACACUAGGCGACGUGAUCCCUGGACACAACUACACCUUUCAGGCGGUCGGCAUUCGUGUGCUGUUCGACCUCACGUUCUUCAUCGUCAUCACCACCAUCGGCUUGAACAUUGUGUUUGGUCUGAUUGUCGACUCAUUCUCGUCUCUCAGAGAUGAAAAGAAUGAUGCCCUGGAGGACAUGUCCAGCGUGUGCUUCAUGUGCUCCUUAUCCAGUCAUGAGUUUGACAAGUAUGCACAGGGUUUUGAGCAUCAUGUCAAGCAUGAUCACAAUAUGUGGUCCUACCUCUUCUACUUCAUCUUCCUUCACAAACUGGAGGCUAACGAUAUGACAGCUACCGAGGACUUUGUGUUCCGCAAGCUCAAGGCACAAGACAUUGACUUCUUCCCCACCAACAAAGCGCUGUGCCUGGAGAAUGUUGAGGUUGGCAAUGAGGAGCAACUGGAUAAUCUAAAGGAGAUGGUGGCACGGCUCGUGCAUCGUAUUGAAAGAGAGGAAGAUGAAGAGAGGCGGAAGAAAGCGCGCGAUGAGCAGCGCCAGUGGGAGAAGAGAGCACAAACGUUUGAUGCAGAGGAUCGGCGCGCUAGCGGUGUAUCGUAUUCUGGACAUCGUAAAACAAGUGGAGCUACUGGAGCCACUGGAGCAAGUCCUCCUGCCCUACGGCUCAUUGACGAUGUACUGGAAGACGAGGACGACGAUGAUGAACAUCGUCGUGGUGUCUAGUUCAGCCAUCAUGACUGUGUUUCAUGGGCUGUACAUGUUGUACCUCAGCUGCCUUCAUCGUCGUCCCAAGUCUGGUUUUGCUGGAGAUUUGGCGUUGAGUAGUCAGUUAUCCACCUUGGCCCACAGUACUACGUGGUCAACUAUUAUUGUAUGGAAAUAUAAAAAUAAUGUGUAUCGACUUUUUCAAGCUCAAUGGUGCUGAACAAACUAUUUUGCGCUCUUAUGGUUAUUGAAUAACUAGUGUGUUAGUUAGUGGCGACAACAGCUGCUGGAAUUGGUUGUACAAUGGACAGAUAGGCCGUAUGUAUCAAAUUGACUGAAUAUCAAUGUAAUGACAUAGUGCAAAGUACACUGAUAUGCAAUGUCUUCCCCUGCAUUUAAUCCUGCAUGUUUAGCUGACACGGAAUUAGUACUACACGGAAUCCACGCAUCUCCAAGAGAUCACCAGGGUCUCCUUUGGAGCACAUGUACACUGUCACCACACAUCGAAUCCCAAUCCUAUAGCUAACUUGUAUUUGCCAUAGGCUAUUGUUUUCUUCUUCUAGUGCUGCAUUAGGGGCAGGGUUCCCCUAAUGCCACUGCAGUAUUUCCAGACGUUUUUGAAUCAUCAUUUUGUUUAAAAAGCUGUGUCAUCAUGUUUAAUUACUAUCGUAUUUUAGUUUGCCUACAAUGGUUUUCGAUUUGGGAUGGAUGAAUUCAUUCU